CACUCCUACCAGCACCAUACGGCAAGAAAGGUUCUUGGAUUGGUUCUUCUGUGAAGAUGGUGGCGCCCGAGGUGAUCGCGGCGGCGGGCCUCGGGAUGCUGGCGGGCGUGGCGGGCGUGGCGACGGCGAACCGGACGACGGGCGACGGGCUGCCGGCGGCGUACAGGUGGAACGCACGGCCCCGUUGCUCCACGUGCCGCGGCACCGGCCGGGAGGAGUGCCUCUGCAGCCGUUGGUCCGACGGCGACGUCGGCUGCGGGACGUGCUCCGGCUCCGGCCGCAAGCGGUGCCGCAGCUGCGGAGGCUCUGGCACUGGCCGGCAACUCCCGGCGCGACUCAUCGUCCAGCAGCAGAAGCUUCCGAACGCACACGGGCGCCGCGGAGACCACAACUGAUGUUCAUAGGUCUCCCGGAGGGAAUCAGAAUUGUUUUUUUUAAAGACCCAGCUUGGAUGCUGGUGUUUCAUGUUGAUCAUAGCAGAGAGCAUGUGGAAAAACAGAGACAUGGGGCUGAUCCGCAGAUCAGAGAGAAAGAUAAAGAAAAAGGAGGAAGGAGGAAAAGAUUACAAGCCCACUAGGAGAAGAUACAGUGGCAAAACGAUCAGCCUAUCCCUUCUGGAGGCAGAGUGAACGGGUGCAUUAGGCAGGAUGCACCAGCUUGGCGCCAGAGGUCAAUACCUCUCCUGAUCGCCUGCAUGACCGCCGUCGCGGAGGGCUCCUUUUCUCUAAAAGUGCAACUGUUGCGGUGCAACCAGAUCUCCCAGAGCGUCAACAUCGCCAGUGAUUUGAUGCCCUUUCUGAACUCUGGCUUUGUGCUCCCCACAAUCCGCGACACCCGAUCAGCUGUCGUUGUGUCGUUGUCUUCAGGCUGCGUCCUCAGGGCCUCACAGCCUUGCCAUGUCGACAAGCUGUUCCAGAGU